CUAGUCGCUUUGCCGCUUGGAGCAGGCGUGUCGCGCCGGCAAACGGAGAGGGCGAGAGAGGCAAGUCACCCCGACAUGUGGAGUGAGUGUGUGUAGUGACAUAACCAUAACAGUGCAGUUGCAGUCCAAACGAUAACAGCGUGGAAGUGCUUAGCAAUGGAUACCAAAAGCUCGAUCUGUUCACACGAGUGGCACAUCCCGCGGCCGUCACUGUCGGGCAGUAGCGACUCGCGCUCGCGAGGCGGCUCCGCCUCCAGUCAAGGCUCUUCCAGUAACCACAGCACCCACAGCGUGUCAUCGGGUUCGCUACUACUAAGCGCUGCGCACCUCGCGCGCAUUCACGGAAGGACAACGGAGUCCCAUCCCCCCAGAUUAGGCAACAGCCGCAUAUCUAACUACGAGACUGCUGUCGUCACAAUUCCCGAAGAAACGAAAGACCCAGAUUUACAAUCAAAUUAUUGGAAGGACGUGAAAAGAGCACCUGAGGCGGACACGGCGUCUAUAGCCAGCUCGACCCAUUUUACCGUGGUGAAUGGGUUCACGAAGCACCGAACUACGAAGGAACCAAAGUCCUGCUGCUGUAGCCAUUCGCACCAGAUCACCGUCCUCGUCAUUUCGAUGACGAUUCUCUUCUCCGCGUGCAUUCUCGCUGCUAUAUGUUAUGUUGAAAUGAGAAUGCGGAAAGAGACCGGCAUGUACAAGUAUUCUUAGAAGAAAUUUUAGCCUUAAGAUUCUGUAGCUGCACAAUCCUGACUUCUUUGCAACAGCAACUUGUCUUCAACGCAGCAAAAUUAAAAGUUUUGUCGAAUGAUUCUAAAAAGUUGAAAAACUUCUCGGAAAUUUUAUAAAAUAUUCACGGGAAAGAAACCUUUACUUUUGAUAAGUUUCAAUUUCCAUUAAAAUAUAAGAAGUUUUUGACUGUUUCUCAAGAAGAAAUUUUGAAAUU